GCUGCUAAUGAUGCUAACCGGAUCUGUACCGGAAGUGGCACGGCGCUAAAGCGGAUGUUGUGAUGUGACGUCGUUAGAGGGAGACAGCGGCGACAUCCGAGAAGAUGUGAACAGCUGCCACACAGAUGAGGAGACCCGCUAAACCCACACUCACAAUAAUGUGUCUCAACAGCAAAUCUGAAAAGGAUAAAGAUCAGAAGGAGAAGGACUUGACAUUUCAGAGAGCGAUAAAACUCCGAUGAUGCGUCUGUGUCGUUGAAGGAGACGGAGACAGAGGAGUCGGAGUGAGACAUUUUGAGCUGCCGACGAUCUCCGGAGACCUCUUUUCCGUCGAGCAGCCAUUUUAAAUAUGGACUUCUCGGAGGUCUACAGUGACUCCAUGGGCAGUGUCUCGGCUGCGGCUCGGUCGGGGUCUUUGGUCCGAGUCCGCGACCUGGUUCGGUCCGGAUUCAGUUUGGACGUGAAGGACAACCGCGGCUGGAACUGUCUCCACGAGGGCGCUGCUCAAGGGCACAAGGGCUGCGUCAGGGAGAUACUCAGAGCCGCAGCAUCGUCCUCAUCUCUGGAUUUCCGGUCCUUUGUGAACUCCCAGACUCACGAAGGAGAGACGCCCCUGUUUUUUGCUGCUCAAAAUGGACACCCGUCUGUGGUUAAACUUCUGCUGAGAGCCAAAGCUGACGUGAACCUGCAGACCGUCGACCUGUCCUGCCCCCUCUACGCAGCGGUGGACAGAGGUCACACUGAGGUUGUGCAGCUGUUGCUUUUAAAAGGAGCAGAGGUGAACCGGAGCCACACUGCCUCCUGCUGGACGUGUCUGCACCAGGCGGUUUAUAAGGGUCACAGUGAGAUUGUGAAGUUGCUGAGUGCAGUUUCUGACCUGGAGUCUAAAGACGAUCACGGCAUCACUCCUCUGUUUGUGGCCGCUCAGUACGGGCGCUUCAGCUGCCUCAGGACCCUCAUCGCCGCAGGUGCCUGUGUGGACUCCCAGGCCUCAGACGGAGCCUCUCCUCUCCUCCUCUCGUCUCAGGAGGGACAUGAGCUCUGUGUGUCUGAGCUCCUCUGUCACGGGGCAGAUCCAAACCUGAGCUGCAGUGAGGAGUGGACUCAGCUGCCGUUACAUGCCGCCGCACAGUUCGGACGCACGGAGAUCCUACAGAAGCUGAUCCCGCUCACAGACCGCUCAAUAGGCCACGCCCCCGGACAGGUGAGUCCGCUGUAUCUGUGUGUGCAGAGUGACCAGAGGGGGGCGCUGCAGCUGCUCCUGAGGGAGGGCUUCAGUCCAGAUGCCCAGGACUGUAAGGAGCUGCUGGGGCUAAAGUCUCCUCUCACUCAGGCUGUGGCUCUGGCUCUUGACGACGACCACCACAGCCUGGACACAGUGAGGAUUCUUCUGUCAGCUGGAGCCACAGUCCUCAGAGAGACCUGGGUUCUGAUUUUAAAAUCUGACCAACCGGACCUGCUCCAACUGGUCCUGGACUUUAGGACUAUCCCCGGACUUUCACCCCAGAGUCGGGUCUUACUCGGUCCCGGUCCUCGUCCCAGGCUCGGUCCCGCUCUUGGGUCCUGGAGGGACUUCUCGGAGCAGGAGAUGCAGGACCUGUUGGAGGAGGCCCUGGAUCAGACACAGACUGGGUUGGUGUGGAUGCCUCUGCUGCUGAGCGCUGGACUGGAGCCAAAUGCACUAAUGAACGACAGAAUGUUCUCCAAAGCUCCUGGUCCCGUCCUGAACCUCCUGCUCCAGAACUUGGACUGGUCCAGUCUCGGUCCUGGUUUGAGACUCGUCCUGGACCAGAGGAAGACCGACCAAACCUGGGCCCCUCUCACCGUCUUUGACUCCAUCCCGAGUCUAUCCCACUUGUGCAGGUUGAACAUCAGGAAAGUUUUGGGCUCGGCUUCGUUGAUGAAAACUACAAUUUUACACCAACUUCCUGUUCCUGCUUCAUUACAUCACUUCCUUCAAUUCAGAGACGUCCAAUCAGCUGUUUGAACUCGUCACUGGAC